AUGAAGAGGUACUGGCAACACCGGGGGGACGUCAUCGUUUGUGAGGGACUGCUUCUGAAGGGGUCCCGCAUCGUCGUGCCGUCCGCCCUUCAGAGCCGCACGCUCGAGCUCCUUCAUGAUGGGCAUCAAGGCAUCAACCGGUGCAAAGCUCUGGCUCGGGAAUCAGUCUGGUGGCCGGGCAUCAACAACCAGAUAGACACACUGGUGUCUAACUGGCCCACAUGUGCCGAAACCAGGGUGCAGUGCUCGGAACCUAUGCUGCCAUCAACCACUCCAACCCGGCCCUGGGAAGAGGUGGGCGUAGAUAUUUUUUAUUUGAACGGCCAGGACUACGGCCUUCUCGUGGAUUACUGGUCACGCUUCCCGGAGGUCAUCCGCCUGCGCUCGACGUCAGCACCUGCUGUCAUCAACGUCAUCAAGAGCGUCCUCGCGCGCCACGGGAUUCCGAGACUGUCGAACGGGGAGGUGGAACGGAUGGUGAGGACGGUCAAGGACCUGCUGCUGAAGGCAGAUGAUCUAUACCUUGCGCUUCUGGCAUACCGGGACACCCCUGGGGUAAUCGGAGUGAGCCCUGCUCAGCUGCUCAUGGGCAGGCGCCUACAUGCCCGGGUACCAAAGGCGUCGCACCAGCUGGAGCCUACCUGGCCACCGUCGGUCCCCUCGGCGUGA